AUGGCGGGCAGCGACGUGGACGGCGAGGGCCCGGCGCGGAGGGGAGGCGCGGCGGCGCGGCACCGCGGGGGCCCCGGCGGGCUGAGGGGCGAGGCGGCGGCGCUGUCCGCGGCCGAAGCGCCGGCUCGCGGCGGCGGCGGCGGGGCGCUGCCCGCCUGGAUGCGCCUCUACUUCUACGGCAUGCACGGCGUCACCGUGGACGUGCUGCUGUCCUCGGCGCUGCGCUUCGCGCGCAGCCCGGACCCGCGGAUGCUCGGCUUCUCGUCGCCCUUCCGCUGCGUGCUGCACUCGCUCUCGCACCUGGCCCUGGAGCGCCUGUACGUGCGGCGGCCGCGCCGCUCCGGAGCCUUCCUCUUCCACUUCCUCCUCUACCCCUCGGCCCACGUGGGGCUGCAGACCCUGGCGGCCCACGCGCUGCCGCUCGGCCCCGGGGGCGGGCCCGGGCCGGCGGGCGCGCUCCACCUGGCGCUGCAGUACGUGCUGGCGCUCUACCACUGCCGAGUGCUCCUCAAGCGCUUCCUGCGUCUGCGGUACCCGGGCCCCGGCCAGCAUCCCGCGCCCGGAGGGACCGCGCAUCCCGCGACCGCCGCCGCCGCCGGGGGCCGGCGACGACGAGCCCGGGGCCACGCGGGAGCCCCGGGAAUCUCUCGCCAGGGACUGCCGGACCUCCUCCGUUUCCUCUUCUUCGGGAUGCAUGGCUUUCUGGACGAGAUCUUCUUCACUUUCUUCUUCAAUGUGCUGGGACGCGGAGGGGGAGCUGGGGCCAGCAGCGGACACACGUCCCUCUGGUCCUUCCUGAUGUACGGCAGCUGUAGUUUCGUGGUGGAGAAACUCUACUUCUACCUCCACUACGGCCGCGGCUGGGGCACCUGGAAGCGGGUACCCAUCUACGUGAUUUUCAUCUAUACCUGGGAGUUGGCCUGGGGCCUGGGGCUUCGCAUGUGCGGGGCCUGUUCCUGGGACUAUUCUCACUACCCGCUCAACUUCAAGGGCCUCAUCACCCUGAUGUAUUUGCCUGGUUGGAUAUUCCUUAGUGUGUAUCAGGACCUGCUUUCCAACGUGUUGUGGCAGGUACAAUAUGUCCCGACUAACUAAGAUCAGAAGGAAGGAGAGAAAGAAAAACUGGACGGAUGGAUGAAAUCUGGUUUUUACACAUUUAAACCGGAGUAGUUUUGUUUUUAGUCUUUUAUUUUUUAUACACUUUACUAAACUCUUCUUACACGUUUUAUUCAACGUUUUAGUUGUUUUCUGACUGCUUGGAAGCUAUAUGUAAAGUACAAUACUUUGAAAUACUACUGAAAAAUCCCUCAAAGUACUUAAUAUCUUAAAACCUUUAAAGCUUACACUUCCAAACCACUGUACCUUAACAUCAGAAACUUGUAAGUUCACUUAAUCUGCACCUAGAUAGGUGAAAGCUAUUGAUUUUUCCUACCUAAUAUGGGAUUCUAAAGAAAGAUCAGAGAAAGGUGAUUUUUACAAGAUUUGGUGACAUAUCCUGAUGCAAUGAUUCCUUGACUUUCUUUUUAAGCCCAGUGUCAGUUUGAUUCCUUGUCAUGUUUACCAGUGACCGCUGUCAUAGUCCAUAUCUUGUACUUCUGAAGCCACACUCCCUAGCUAUUAAAGUGCCUCUGUCCUCCACACAAGUAAAAAGUUUAUGUGAAAGAAAAAAAGAAAUUCUAUGACUACAUUUUAAGAUGAGAAGUUACCCUUAGCAACUCAAACAGGUGACACUGUGUUAAGACAUCUGACUACCAUCUUGAGAAGGAUGCUUCCUGAUAGUUAGCCUUAAGCACCAAGUGUGUUAACCUUAAUCAGAUCACUAUUACCUAUGGCUGUAAACUUUGUUACUGUGCAGUAAUGUAAAAUGUUUACCCUCUACAUCCCAGGACCAAGUGAGAUUAUGGCACCUCCAAAUGGCAUUCUAACUCUAAGGACCCCUUUUACACCUGGAACAUCAAGCAUAUCUUAUAAUAAAAUGAACCUCAGUUCUCCCUCUCAUUACAUUAGGCCCGACUGUCUUCUCUGAUUAUGACUGUGUGUUUUCAGCAUACUUCUGCCAUGGCUAGUUUACUUUUAAGCUCUAUACUUCUGGCCCCAGUGUUUGGUCCAGACCUCAUGGAGUAAUGUACCUUACAAAUUUAUGAUAGCUUUCUGGUGAAUUAUUAUUGCCUAGAGCCUCCACACUUAAAUGAAAUAUAGAAAACAUGUUAGGAAAUUAUGUCUAAUUAAUUAAUAAUGCAUUGGGGGCUGUUUGCUUGUUUUGUUAUACAAAAGAAAUAAGUAGAUUGAAUGUGGCUCAGCCAAGGAUGACUAACAACCUCCUAGCUUUCAGUAGAAAGUAACUACAGGGAGCAUUAAUGAGUAGGCCCCAACUUGAAUCAUCCACUGGCCUCUGCUCUAAAAAGGGAUGUUUUCUGUUUAAAAAAAAAAAAAAAAUGCUUACUGUGGGAAUAGAAGAGAGUCCUAUUUAGGAGUAAUUGUCAGACAUAGUGGUAAUAUUGUUUUAAUCUACCUUCUGAGGUUGUGAGCUAAAUUAUAAGUAAUAGCAUAUAAUCAACCCCACCUGUGAAGUGGAUCAUGCCAAACUGAUUAUUUUAGCUAGUCAAUAAUGAAUAUGGAAACUGAAAAGUAAGCUAACUAGUUGCUGAGAAUUAUUCUUGGAUUCUUUAUGGCACUUGGUCACAUGUCAGAGAUUUUGGAAACUCUUGGGAAAGAAUGUGUAAGCAUAGCUGCUAAAGUUGUAAAGACGCUGGAUAAAGUAUUUGUAACUCAGACGUGGUCCACACGGGUAAAUCUGAUAGACUUGUGGCAUCACUGCGCACCACACAUUCCUGCGAAGGCUUAGCCAGAUCCAUUGCUUCUGAGAUGUGCCGCAUUCACACCUUUUGCACUUACGCCCUACACAUGCUGCGCUCACCCCUGCUGCCCUGCCCACCAGCGUUCUCAGACUCAGAAGUCUCUCAAGAGGCAGGAAAACAUGUUGCUUUGUUUGGCUUUCAAUGUUAAAGCUAUUAAAAGGACAGUGCCAAGUUUUUUUAUUUGUUUGUUUGUUUGUUUUGUGUGUGUGUGUGUGUGUGUGUGUGUGUGUGCGCGCGCGCACGCGCGUGCGCAUACAUUUUUAUUCAAGAAAUAGUUAUUGGGCCUCAACUGUUUUGUAGGAACUUCCCAGGAUUCUGAAUAGAAUAAUGAACCAACCUGCCAAAAACCUCUGUUCUAACAAAGCUGGCAUUGCAGUGUGUUGAUUUAUAUGAGUUUAUCCUUUUUUUUUUUUUUUUUUUUUUUGUAAGGCUGUGUUUUAGUGAUAGGGUAUGAAAGGCAGUAACUAUGGUUCUGAUCAGUCCUGAACAUCACACUUCAUUCCUAAAAGAAAUGCCAACUGUCAAUCCCUCUGUCUGGUCUGUAAAGAGCCAGUUAUCUAUUCAGUAACUAUCUAUCUAGUAACUAUAUGUGGCUUAGGGUGUCUCAUUUUAUGUUUACCCAACUUCUUGAGAAUGAUAUUUUGCUGCAACCCUGGAACCUUUAAGAGAAACAUACCAUCAAAUCAUUUAAUUUUGUUGUUACUAGUAGUUCAACUAUAGAAAUUAUAAGGCAAUGUGAUGAGAACUAAUAUUUAAGUAGUGUUUACCAUCUGACAAGAACCGUUCUAAAGUAUUUGUGUAUGUGUAUGAUAUAGAUUUUUAAUUAAGGGAAUAUAUAUUCUUAUAUACCUUAAGUGAGCCUAUGAGUGUGGUAUAUAUUUAAAUUACAUAUUUAUAUAUGUGUAUGUAUUCACUUAAACUUCUAACUGCCCUACUUUUUUAGAUGAAAACCAAAUGUAUUAAGUAAUAGACCAAGUUAAACAGCUUUUGAGCAGUUUAUUUGGAUUCAAGUGUGCUGGACUCCAAAAUAUGUAUCAAUAGCAGCAUGCUCGUGUCUCAGUCCACUGACUACCUUUAUUACAGACUGUGCUUCACAGUUUGUGAUGCUCUUCCCUUUAACCAUGAUAGACGAAAGGAUAGCUAUAUAAAACCCAGGGCCUAUUAGCCAAAGUCUCUUUCAUGUUGCUUUUCUUUAUAUCAUGAUAGGUAACAUAGAAGCUAAUAGCAGGACACAUAAAAGACAAUUCUCCUCACUAUCCUUAGAUAACAUGUCUUUCUAUCCAGGUAGUGCUCCAAAAGGAAGUCCUUCCUAUAGCACCAGAUCGUCUGCAAUAGAAAAAUGUAAGGAUAGUCUUCUAAAAUACAAGGCACCUGCUGUCACAAGCCAUGGAAAGUACUACAACUGUUCCUAUGGAGUAAAUACGACACUCAGAACAAGCAUCUUUGUAAGACAUGAAUACCUUUUUAAAAAGAGUAAAUUUUUAGUCAGACGUAAUAGCGUACAACAGGAAUCUUAGCACUUGAGGUGCUAAGGCAGGAGGAUUACAAACUUGAGGCAACCAGUGAAUAUAUAAUAAAAUCUUGUCUUAAUUAUUUUACAAAAACAAUUUAUUCUGAAUUCUACUAAAAAGUAAAAGUAUUCCAAACAGAAACACACAAACACAGUAAGAGUAACAAACACAAUUUUCUGUCUGUGCUUAAUAUAUACAAAGCUGAAAUUUCUUCUGAGAAGUGGUUGAAAUGUUAAGUUAAUGCUAUUGAUUUCUAUGGAUCUAAAGAUAAGUAUGACCUCUUGAGUUGUUCAUGUUAAAAAUGAGUAAAGAAGCCCCUAUGUCACACAAAAACCCCAAUAAAGUUGACAGGCUAUUUUA